GGUAGCAUGAAUAAAAAAAAGUGAAAAGAAAGAGUUUGGGGAGAAACAAGGUGAGAAGGUGAUCGGAGCGCAGAUGAUAGAUAGUGGAAUCGAAGCACAGAAAAAUCUGUCUAUCUGGGAGGAUUCAUGGCAGAAACCGCCGUCUUGUACCAAACAUUCAUAACCACGGGACUCAUCUCCAUGGGCACAUACCAUCUCAUCUCCACCGUCAAAAACUAUCUCAAAUCCCCCUCUCAUUACUCUGCCAAACCCUACCAUCCCUUCACUUCUACUUCUUCUUACAAGAAAUACAUUCAACUCUAUCUCUCUCUCGUCUUCCUCUUCUUCUCUUUCCUCCACCAAACCCUAAUUUCAUCCCACACUGAUCUUCUCCUAAAGGGCAACACUCCCGUUCACAAAUUCAUCUCUCUCCAAUACGCCGCCGUUUCUGUUCUCUUCAUUCUCCUGUGUCUCGCUAUUUUGCUUUCCGAGACGACCCUUUUGCUUCCCUUUUCGAAUGAUCUCUUUUUCGCGCUUGCUUCCGGGGUCUUUUUCUUCCAGUACUAUGUUUCUUCGUCGGCUGCUCAGUUCCAGAUCUCUGAUUUGCAAGCGCAUUGUGAUUCGGUGUCCGCCAAAAUCUCUGCGGUUUCGUCGUUGCUGUCGUUCCUGCUUGCUUGCUUUCCGAAGCUCUUUGUGGCGGAUGUGCUGCUCUGCGGCUCCCUCAUUUUACAGGGCUUUUGGGCAAUGCAGACGGGGUUGACUCUUUAUGUGGAUGCCUUUGUGCCUCAAGGUUGUCAUAAGUUGCUUGAUGUUGUGACCGGUGUUGAGGGGUCCACGAGGUGUGAUUUGGAUGAUUCCAAGUUUAGGGCUGUGGCCAUUCUCGAUUUGAUGUUUCUAGUUCAUGUCUUUUUUGUCAUGAUUAUUGUCUUGCUUGUUUAUGCUCUUGUUGCUAAGAUGCUCGGGGUUAGGAGUAGCCGGUUCGGCUCCUAUGAAGCUUUGCCUACUGUCAUACCUGCUUCAGCUUCUAGUAUUACUGACUCUAAUCAUAUUCAGAUGAAAGCGCUGACCGGAACCCAGGCUUGAUCACUUUCACUCAUCUAUAUACAAUGUUAUGCGUUUGAGUUAGACUUUUGUGGUUUUUAUUAUGGCAGUGAUGAUUUUAGCUACUCAUUGUGAAUCCCUUGUGGGGGGUUAUGCCUAUACACAAAAGUUAACAUCUUUAUUGUACCACUUAGUGUCUUUGCGUAUUUUAUGUAGUCUCUUAGUACUGUACUUGGUGGAUAUACAUUUAAAACUUGAUUAUUAAUCUUCUUAAUUAUAA